AUGCUGCGGGACUGGCCGCGGGUGGGCAGCUUUGCUGCUGCUGCUGCUGCGCUGCAGCAGCUGCUGCGGGGGAAAGUGGUGAUGGACUUGGGGGCUGGCAGCGGGGUGCUGUCGCUGUUUGCUGCUGCUGCUGGUGCUGCUGCAGUGGUGGCAGUGGAGGGCAGCCCCGGUGCUGCUGCGCUGCUGCAGCAGCAAGUGCAGCACAACGAGCAGCAAGGCAAAGUGCCCCGCGGGGUGAUUCAAGUUUGCUGCUGCAGCGUGGAGGAGCUGUCCAGCUGCCCGCAGCAGCAGCCGCAGCAGCAGCAGCAGCAGCAGCUGCUGCAGCAGCUGCAGCAAAACGUAGAUGUCAUCAUUUCCGAAUUUAUGGGAUUUUAUUUGCUGCACGAAGGCAUGCUGCAGUCUUUGCUGCAUGCAAGAGAUAGGUUUUUAAAGAAAGACACGGGGCUGCUGCUGCCUGCUGCUGCUCGGCUGCUGCUGUCGCUUUGCUGCUGCACCAAGACCUACCGGCAGCAGCAGGCCUUCCUCAGCAGCUACUGCGGCUUCUCCUUCCGCCCGCUGCAGCAGCAGCUGCAGCAGCAGCACGCAGCCACGCCCCUCGUGCUGCAGCUGCCCCCCGACAGCUGCUGCUGCUGCCCUGCUGCUGUUGCAGCAGAACUCGACCUCUACACUCUCACGCUGCAGCAGCUGCAGCAAAUCCGCAGCCAGCUGCUGCUGCGCGUACACCGCAGCAGCACUGUCUACGGAUUCGCCCUUUGGUUUGAUGUCACAUUUCCAGGGAUUCCUCCUGCUGCUGCUGCUGCACCUGCUGCUGCUGCUGCUGCUGCUGCUGUUGCUGGGGGCGUGGAUGAUGCCGAUGAUGCGGCUGCCACCCCUGCUGCUGCUAAUGGAGGCGGUGCUGCUGCAGGCGAUGCUGCUGCUGCGGCAGGUGGCGCUGCUGCUGCUUCUGCAGCAGAUGCUGCUGCUGCAGACGCGGCACUGUUUCGGGGGCCGCCGCCCCCACCGCCGACUCCAGCUGCAGCAGCAAGGUUUGCUGCUGCAGUAGCAGCAGCAGAAGCAGCAGGAGAAGCUGCUGCUGCUCCUGCUGCUGGGGGCGUGUCCAUAGAAGAAGUGCUGGCAGCAAUUGCAGCAGGAGCAGCAGAGGACGACUGCCCCGCAGCAGCAGCAGCAGCAGCAGCACACUCUUUCAGUUGA